AGGGAGAAAAGAAACUGUUAAAGCGUCUGUUCUCUGCUGCCAGUCUCAGCAUCGCUCAGUUUGUGCAGGAGGCUGCAGCUCCUUCCUCCAGGAUCUCUACCAGCAUCACUCUCAGCUGGGAUCACUUCAUGAUUUCUUCUUCUUUUCUUCCUUUUUUUUUUUUUUUUUUUGGUAAAUGGAUGACAACAGCCAACCGUAUAUAACUGGAUUUCUCGCAGCUGAACUAAUUUGAGUUCAAACACGGGAUCUGGAGAGGCGGGGGGGAGAGAUCAGACAGACCAGGGCGCUGCAAGUCCGCUUCUUGUGUUGUUUGUUUGCGGGAGCAGCACUUCAUUGUGCCUUGGAUAUGGGACCGUGCGUCAGCCCAGCGGGAUCCGGAUCCGGUGCCGUGGGAAGCGCGUCCUCCUGAAGCAGGAAAAAGACCCUCUGCUGGGUUUUCUUCUUCUUCUUCUUUGAUUCUAAUUAUUCUCUCAAGAGAGGGGCGGCUUUGAGAUUUACUCGCCGGAAUGAUGCGUCCCAACCGCGGCUUCAUCCUGCUCCUCCUCAACGGAACCGCUUGUUUGGUGGUGAUGGGUCAAGAAGAUGACUCCUCCAACUCCAAGAGCUCCUCGGACGCCUCCUCCAAGACGGUGGGCCUUCUGAACGGACAAGCCUCUCACUCGCCCCUGAGCCGAUGGAUGCAGCACAGUAAAAACAGAGCUGCUAACUCCACCUCCCUGGAGCUGCCUUACCGCUCCCCAGUCCCUUUCUCCAAGCAGGAGUUCCCCACACAAGAGUUCUGGGAGAUGUUGGGCAGCGACCGGCUCAAACCAGACGCCUCCAGAUCCAGGGUCAAGCGCUGGCCGAUCGUUAAGACCGGCAAGUUCAAGAAGAUGUUCGGCUGGGGAGACUUCUUCUCCAACAUCAAAACGGUGAGGCUCAACUUGAUCAUCACCGGCAAGAUUGUGGAUCACGGAAACGGCACUUUCAGCGUAUACUUUCGCCACAACUCGACGGGUCAGGGCAACAUCUCAAUCAGCCUGGUCCCGCCCGUCAAGGCCGUGGAGUUCGACCUGGAGCGCCAGAGUGUCGUCUACCCAAAAGACUCCAAGAUAUUUAACUGCCGCGUGGACUACGAGAAGGUGGAUCGGAGCAAGCGCAUCUUGGAGUGCAACUACGAUCCAUCCAAGACCUGCUUUCAGGAGCAGAUCCACAGCCACGUGUCCUGGAUUUGCUCCAAGCCUUUCAAAGUCAUCUGUAUCUACAUUUCCUUCUACAGUACAGACUACCGCCUAGUGCAAAAGGUUUGCCCGGACUACAAUUACCACAAUGAGAUGCCCUACCUGCCUUCAGGCUAGAGGAAGCAUGAGGGGUAGGAGAGAGGAAAAGUGGGGGUGACUGAACAUGUGAGGAGGAAACUAGGGCGGAAAAUGUCAGCAACACCUUAAAACAAAAUAAAACAUGUAGCCUGACUAUUGUAAGAUGUAAAAACAUAUAUGCAAACUACAGUAUGCAUUUAGGAAACAUCCGAGACUGGCAGUGAAACUACCACCAACACAUUUUACCUCAGUCCUAUUUCGAAACUCGAACAACUGCGCAGCAUUCAUCCAACCAAUUUAGUCGUUUCUGAAUCUUAUCUGAGUGUCCUUCUUAAUCGCCCUUUGCAAAGUCGCGAGAAUUGAAAGUGGGCUUUUAAAUGGUGCAGUAAUUCACAAGAGAGCUGCAGACAGAUUCAGCGUUUAUGAUAAUUAUCAUGUCGUGUUUAACGUUGUGCUCUCUAAAGAUGAUUUAAACAGACCACGGGGAACAUAAAGUAUUCAUUUGUUCACAAAGUGCAGAUGAAUGUGGAGUGUAGCCAACCGCAGCGUCAUUAAAGUGACGCUCAGACCUUUCAAAGGGCAGACGUUUAUGGGAACUCGUGCCAAAACAAUGCCAAAACUUCUGACACAAACAUCAGCGAAUCCCAAUAUAUCCCUCAAUUAAAUCCCCUCCAAAUAACAUGUAUAAAUAAAAAGAAAUUGCUUUGCAGCAUUUCAGGUCCAGGGCUUAGGACAAGCUCGGUGUGAAGGCAAUAACGAGAUUGUAUGGCGGUGCAGAAUUGGAACCUCCACACUGAUGAGAGAGAGUACAAGGUAGCGGGGUGAGAGAUGCAGAGAUUCAGAGCUGUUUUAAUUAAAGUGGAAAAGGAGACGUGGGGUAUGCGGUGCCGUCUAUUGUCCCUUCUGUAUGAAAAAGAUUACAUUUUGAUGCCGUCAGGAUUCCUGAUUUCACGCCUUGAUAACUUUGACUGUGUGCAGGAGAUUGCUCUCUCUCUCUCUCCUGACAAAUACUGCAUUCACUAAAGUAAACCCAGUUAUCUUGAAUAAAUGAAAAUAUUAUCAUAAUAAUUACAUAUAAUUUAAUCUCUUUCAGAUGUAAUUAAGGCUUCAAUGAGAGCGCAAAAUGUGUUCCUAAAAAUCGAGUCAGUGGGAAGGAGGAUAAGAGAGUAUACAGUGAGGAUUGUUGGGGUGUAUUCGCACGGCGCCAGCAGCCACAGUUUAGCCCUGAGUUAACUGCUCUCAUUAAGAUAAACGGCCACUAGCUGGCCUGUCUCAUGUUACACACACAAACAAUAUCAGUGCACAGCCAAGAAAUAAAUCAAGUUGCCUAAAUCUUCCCACGUUGAAAGGUUAUGAGGACACAACGACUUUUUGGUUAAUUAACAAGAAACAUUCACAAGACAGGUGUGAGGAGCCAAUGAGCAGAUCAGAUAUCCAGUUUGAUGCCGAUGUGGUGUGGCAUUGGUGAUAAAGUUCAGACAUGAGCGGAAGCAGCAUGCUGGAUCCCAGAUGGAAAUGUAAAGCCGUCCUGUGGGGGCCCGAGCAUUAGCUGCUUCCUUUGUGCCACUUUACUUACAGAGAGUCAGCACAAAAAACAAAAGUAGGACAACAAAUUUUAUUUAACCCUUUCAUGCAUAACAGUCAGUGCAGUGGACAGCUACCUUGUGUUUCCUGUGGAUUUUUAUGUACUUAAUGCACACAGACCACUGAAGUGGACUCUAGUGUGUCAGACAAUACACAGCCAACUACUGGCCAUCUACUGCAAAGUAAAUCCAAUAUGGCAGAAAAAAACAUGCCUCCAAUCCCUCCUUCUACUGUGGAGUCAAGUAAAGACUAAUACUACUGAUGUAGUAGUAUUACUGCACCUUCAUUGACAUAAAGGUGCAGUAUGUAACUUUUAUUUUAAAAAAAUAUUUCUUACCUAUGUUCCAAAUAACUUACAACUGAUCACAUGAAAAGAAUCUUAGAAAUCAAACACACUUUGGAAACAAUCCUCACAUAAGGGAUCAUAAUUCAUGCAUGAAAGGGUUAAAACUGCAAAUAUAUACACAUUUAUAGAGAGCCUCAGUGAAAACAUCUUUAUAUAUACUUAACUCUGUGGUGCAAAACUGAACUGAUGAAAUGAUCAGUACAUUAUUGCGAGAGAAUGCAAAAGAAAAACAAAUCCUCCAUGUCCUUCAGAGGCCCCGUAGCAUCAAUACCAACAUUUGGACAAAAUAUUGACCCUUUGCAACUACGUCACUUAAUCGAGGCGCCAUGAUGGACGUCGGAAGGGAGGGACGGGAGUACUGAACAGAGCGACUGAAGUUGUUUUUGCCCGUUUAUUCGUGACUUGUACUUGUUCGAGUCGCGCUAAUUUGUCCGUGAACGUAACACACCUGGUUGUGGCUCACAGUCGCUGGUAUUUACAGACGUUUGAAUUAGCUAGCUUAAAAACCGACCCAUACCUUCUCUCUGCUGACGUGUUGAUCAAAUUACCGACUUUGCUUGAAUUCACACCACAUGAUUUAUGUCACUAUUCCAUGAACAGCGUUUCCCCUUAAACCGAGGCAGCAUUAAAAACGUACAAAAGACCAGAUGCUAACCAGUUUAUUCCUUACAUGCUAGGCUAUAUGACGGGGCGACACUGUCUCCAUGGUUACCAACCAUUAGACACCACAUUCGCCACAGUAAAAUAUUUGAUAUGUUUAUAAGCAUACUUACUAAGCAUAUGAAAGUUAAUCAUCUUACCUUUGUAAAAAGCGAUCGCUGCAAAUCCGCGCUUACACCGAGAGCUGUCAGUCAUUGUCAUUAACAGCUGCUGUCCAUCGCCACCGCAACUUUCCUCAUUAAGUUAUAAAAUAAAAUUACACGUUUGGUUUCCAUCCUUGUCUGUUUGUGCAGCCGACCGCCCAGCCUCCUGUGACCAUUUUUAUUGCGAAAUCAACCGCACAAAAGCAAUAUUAGGCUACCAGAUGUGUGUUUUUGAUGGGCUUUACAAUAACCAGGAGCGUAUUGGCGGAGUGGGCGGGGUUUCGAAGAGCGUGACGUCAUGUGCAAAGGGUCAAUAGCAAACGAAACCCAAAGAAAUUACAUUUAAGUUCUAACAAGAUAGAGUGUGUGAAUGCUCAAUAGGUAUGAAUAGUUUUAAACAACAAAGACAUGGAAAUCUGCACAUCAAAGUUUUUAAAUUGUUUAUAAAACUGGAAAAAAGCUCAUCUUCGUCACUCUGAGUCCCUACAGCAAAUAUAAGCAGUUCACAAAGAUAUCUGCAAGGCAGCAAAUUCACCUGCAGACAUCAUGAAUGUUGUUUUUCUGCCCUCUCUUAGCUGGGCGCUGAUUUUAUGAAACAGUAUUUUAAUCAUUUGUUGACACGUGAAUCUGUCUGCCUCUUCAUCCUCAAACUAAGAUUAGCGACAGGAAUCGGAAAACACCAGAUUGGCUGGCUUCACGUCUCAGAAAUAAUAAAUAAACGCAGCGUCUUCGUGGAGCAAACAUUACAGGUUAGGCAACAGCUCAAACUGAAUCUCUGAUGCCUGUUUGAAGGAUCUUUUCCUGAACUGCUGGAUUGAAUACAAAGUUUUACGUGUUUCAAAAGCAUCAACCAGCAUGACUGAACUGCAUCUUUCUUCCUUACUUUAGUAACCUCGUCCUCUGGCUUAUUUCUGCAUGUUAGUCUGGUGUUUACGUUUGACCCGCUCUACCUCCAUCCUGCUGGAACCAAACCCAGCCGUGUGAAGUUCCUCACCGC